UACCGACACACAACCACAGAUAGAGAAAGAAAAAAGAACUAAAGAGCAGCUAAUCAGAUGUGACUUUAGCGCCGCUUCGAUGCACUUGAUGUUCCGCGCGGAUCGAGCUGCUCUCCGGCUGGACUGAAAUGGGAUGAUAUGGGAUUUUUCAUGACGACGAAGAUAGGAAUCUUUGCUCUCGCCUUGGUAUUCCUGUCGCAAACAGUGUCUGGAGACGCUGCAGAUGUGAAGUGUGAGAACAUUUAUAAGGACUUUUCAGAUUGUGUCCUGGAGCUGGGAGCCAGCAUGGACAACUAUCAGGAAAAUGUGACCAGUGCGAGGGGCGUGGCAGCUGUGUGCAGCCAUUGGGAAGAUUUCCACACAUGUGCCCUCAACGCGCUAUCUGACUGUAAGGAGGAGGUUAGCUCCAUCUGGGAGACACUGAGGGAGGAUUCCAGGAAGAUCAGCUUCCAGGGCAGCCUGUUCGACCUUUGCAGCCAGAGCUCUUCUCCCAGACUGAGGUCACAUCUCGUUGCUCUUCUCCUGCCGCUGACAACCAUACUGAUCAUGAGUAGGACCUCAGUAUAGAUGGGAGGUGAGGAGGUGGGUGAUGUGUUUGUUGGCGGGGGCUCCUCAGUCCUCCUAAGCACAGUUCAAAAACUAAGCCAAGGAUUUCAGAGCGCACAAUAUUUUAACAAGGAUUAUUCUAAUAAAAAGCCGCAGGCCUCUGUGGUAAACCAAUCAAUAUUUGUUGUGAUGAAUAAUUCUUGAAAUCCUCUCAAAUCCUACAGCUUGAUCACUCCUUAUGUAAGAGUUGUGAAAUAUUUCAUUUCUGCCACCUGGUCAGGCCAGAGAGACGUCAGGGAAUAGUCUUUGUAUUCUGUGGAUCUCUGAGUCUGAUCGGCACACAGCUAGAGGUUUACAAAAAUAAACAAAUUAAUAAAGAAAAAAGCAAAGAAUUAAAAAAAAAAAAAAAAAACGGGGUGGGCACAAUACCUCAAGUACAAGUAAAAGCUACAAACAUGCUGUCGGUACUGCUCACGUCACAUAAUGUGAGGAUUUUCUGCAGACCAUCAGGGAGCUGUUGGUUAUUUAUAAGCUGUACUUUGGUUAUAGGGUGUCCACCUUGUGUAGUAUGCACACUUUGUCAAGUUUGUAUAAACACAGCUAUAAUGAGAAAAGCAUUCACAUUUACAGGAAAGCAUGAAAAGGAGAACUUCACCAAAUUGUUGCUUUUUUUUUUGCCAAUGUAAGUUUUUUCAUUUUUAGAAAAUACUGAUAUUGUUGUAAGUUUUUACCAUGAAAUGACAGCAAGGUGAGUUUGAACAUAAAGCUACAGUGUAUAGGAUUUGGGGCGCUUAUUAUCAGAAAUGGAAUGUAGCAUUAAGAACCAUCUGCUGAUUAGUGUAUAAUUAUCUGGAACAAGAAAGCAGUGUGUUUUCUUAACUUUAGCGUGACCCCUUCAUGGAAACCGCCUAUUGGACCGGCAUGUUGAUAGAUUAGUCCAAAAGGAACAUAGUGACUCUGUCUUUGACAUUUUGCAGUUCAGCCAGAAGACUGAAGAGAAGCCACUGGUUGCUCCCCUAUAUAUUGUCUACUGGUUGCUUGUUUUUGAGAAAUGAAGAAUAAUACAUAUUGUUUAUCACAGUGAAAGGCAAGGGAGCACGAAUUCUCAUCGACAAAGAAGUGAAACUGUUAAGAGAAACUAAAUGGUAACAGAUGAUGGGAUAAAGCAAUCUGCAACCUCACCACUAGAUGACACUAAAUCAUACACACUGUAACUUUAAACAGCACCAAACUGGGCAUAAAUUAGAGAAUUUCUUCCACCAAAGGAAGUGAACAGGCAAUGUUAAGCAUAUUAUAGGUGAAAAGGCCAUUUCAGGUUUGUUUUUUCAAAAUGUACUAUACGUGUAACUAUGUAAGUGACAAUCUAGCCACGUCUAAAACUUUUUGCCCCUUUUCCCUGACUCUUCAGCACACUGUGGCUGAUGUUGCAUAGCUGCUAUAGACACCAAAAACAGACGUCUUUCUUUUUUUUUUAAAGCAUGCGUCACUUCAUAAAAC